CCUAUCUCCCCUGCACACGAUCCACACCCAAUCGAACCUAUCCCGUCAAUACCGAAAUUGGAAGAAAACGGAAAAUUGGAAACAGGAAAGAAACAGUGUUGCCUUUCUCUCUCUCUCCACCUCUGUCUCUCUGCGUUUGCGUUGUGUCUGCUUGUGAUCAUCAUCAGCGAGAGCACCUCACUUCGCGGAUCGGAUCUACGGGUAUCAAUGGUUGACACAGGUUAGGUCUCCAUUUCCGGACUCCGACGACUCGUUCGUGCCGCUUGGGGAGAAAUAAUCGCUACCCUGGAAAACAAAUGAUUUUCCCUCUUUUCUCCUGUGCACAUUCUCUUUCUCUCUCCUUCUCUCCAUCCUCUCGCUAAUUGCGACUGUCCUUUAGGGUUCUCGCAUUCCUCCGUUGUUUCCUUCGGGAAUUUGACAUGAAGUUAUGUGCGGAGGUGGUGGUGGCAUUUCGCUGGACUCUGUGCUAGAUUUCGUCGAGUUCCUUGGGACGUCAGAGUCACGCAGUCGUCUCAGCUGGCUAAAUGGCGGCCUCCCCGGUGAAGUUCCUGUUCGGGUUCCUCAUUGCUUGCAUCACAUUGUGGCUGUUCUUCAUGUAAGUGCCUGAACUCUCAUCCUUUAUGCCUUUGACCCCAGAAUUUCGUUUUUCCUUUGAUCGAUAAUGGGAGGUGGAGCGGUGGUUCCUGACUUUCCCUCGUUUCUGUUCUUUGCUUGGAAUUCACUUUACUUUGAAAAAUGAAGUAAUACAUCGAACUCAUUGUAGCCUCCAGUUUUUAUGUUUAGACAAAUUGUGGGUUUGGCACCAAUUGUAUCUCAUGGUUCAAUGUCAUUGAAAUGGAAUAAGGUUACGUAGGUGGAGGAGCUAUGGUAUGUUGGUGGUUCUUGCUUCAUGGUAAUGAUGGUGGUGGUUUGUUAUGGGUGUGACAGUGAUCACCAUGUGGAGUGGCCUAAUCCAUAGAAAGUAGCGUGAUAACCUUAUUGUCUGUUGAAUGCACUUAAUCUUUCAAGCAACGGUGGUGUAAUCAGUUUGUUACAUUGGUCUUAGACCUUUAAUUUGUUGUCUUGCUUUACAGACUUCGUGGCUAUUUCGAACAAUAUCUUCCUACAUUUAAAUUUCAAAGUACCUCUUCACCAUCAUUAGUGUAAUGUAGUUACUUGCCCUAUUAUAUGCCGAUGCGGAGGCGAUGAUACUUCAACUGCUAUGUCAUUUGUGAUGAAGUUUCUAUCAUUUACCUGCAUACUAUAUGAAUGGUUUCGGAAAUGAUUAUGAAGUUCCCUUCUUGACUGUGAAAUAUGCCCAUCUUUACCAGAUUUGCCUCUAGGUUGGUGGCUUGGAUUUUAAGCCGCGUUGUUGGAGCAUCAGUUGGAUUUCGGGUUGGUGGAUGGAAGUGUUUAAGAGAUGUUGUAGUGAAGUUCAAAAAGGUUUGUCUUCACUUACUUGUAUUUUCAAAUUUGGGAUAAGAAAACUCUACCCCCAUACUAUAAGAGUGAAGGCCUAUGAGGCAUAAUGUGGUUCUGCUGGUCGGAAAAAUCUUUCUUCAAACUGACUUGCUAUUGUGGCCAGCUGAACCUGUAGUAAUGGCAAUACUCUCUGACAAAGAGAUGCUAAUGCAUUUUGAUCUCUGGCAUCCUGGCGAGUUUGAUAGGAUAUAUGAUACAUCCUUCAUGUGGUGCUUAACUAGCGUUCCAAUUAGUCAGUAGAAUGCUCUAUGAAAUACGAUAUGAACAUGUGCGCGCGAAAACACUGACACACACACUAAUGCACUUUGCAAUUCGCUUAGUAACUUAGGAAUCAUAUAUCCUUUUCUGCAUAUAAUUGCCCUGGAGAAGUUUUACUUGUUUUCCACCAUCGUGGGACCCUGCCAUUUAUGUUAUGACUUCGACUGUUUUCAGGGUUCAGUUGAAUCUGUAUCAGUUGGUGAAAUUAGAGUCAGCAUACGUCAAUCAUUGGUCAAACUUGGUGUUGCUUUCAUAUCGAAGGACCCUAAGUUGCAAUUGCUGAUAAGUGACCUGGAAAUUGUUUUGAGGCCAUCUAUCAAGGGCACCAGUAAGAAAACUAGAACUCGCAGUGGAAGAUCACAGAAAAAUCCAGGAAGGGGAAAGUGGAUGGUCUUAGCUAAUGUAGCCAAAUUUCUGUCAGUCUCUGUUACCGAUUUGGUUGUGAAGGUAUGUGAUGUUCAUCACUAGAAUAUGUUCUGCUAGUAGUGUUUAUUUAAUGUGUAUGUUUGGUUGUAGGGAAACAGGUUCGUGGUAAUAUAUGAUGCUGCAUUUAUUGUAACGUGAUGUUUAUUUUAUAUUUUUGGUGACGUUUUUUAUGCUGAAAGGUGACUGGGAUGGUUGAUGAUGAGACAUUCUGAAAUAUUAAAACCUAGAAGGCUUCCCUUUCUUUGUUUUGAAUGCAAAUUAGUGGGGAGACUGUUUGAUGACUGUAAAAGGGGUUUCUGCAAAUAUAAGAGCUAUAGGGGUGAAUAGGUGUGCUCGGUAGGAUGACACUCUUUUCCUUUUCCAGUAAUAUAGUAUGCAAGGUUAUUGAGUUCAUAGGCUUUUAUCGUUUCUGGUGGCUAAAAAAGUUAGUGAAGAAGCUGUACUUUGGCUCAGUUCCGAGAUUAAUGACUAGCUAGAAGUUUACCUUCCCAUCUCUGUCUCUCUCUGUCAUGGAGUGAAGGAAUAGGAAGGUCUUCUGGGAAUCGGAUUUGUGUGUUUAGCAAAAUGGAUGAACUGUGCAAUGCUAUUGACUGUGAAGUAUUUGCUUACAGGCCAAAGUUUAUCAGAGGUGAUUCACAUUUUAAAUAUUGUUUGCAUUUGCUGGAAUUUAUCAUGUUGCUGUCAUUGACGGCUGUCAUUGACAGGUUGUUAUAGUCUAAAGGCAGAAUGGAUGCAUAUAAAAUCUGCGCAACCUUUAGUGACACAGAAUUCUUUUUUCUCCGGAAGGAGAUGACUUGAAUAUAUGCAUCAUUGCGUUUCUUGUAUUUUAUUGGAUUGUUGAGUUACAGGCAUGUUAUUGUAAAUGAUUAGGAGGGCUGUAUAUCCAAAUAUAUGCCAAAGGGAUAUAAACCACGGAUAAUGAAGGUUAAAUUGAAGGAAUUUACAGCUUGUAUAGCCCUGCAUGUUGCAUUUAGAGGGAAUAUGGUUCUCUGUCUGUUGGGUGUGUUGGUUUGAAACUUCAGAAUUUGAAGUUUUGAUAUAAAAAAGAUGAAUGUUUGUCAAAACCUAUUACUUAAUAACUGAGUUGCAGAUGUUGGAUGUGCGAUAUAUUUACUGUUGCCUGCCACAAUCACUUGAAUUUCAGUCUAUUGUCAUCCAAAUAAUGAUGACAUUGCAGAAACCAUUUGCAUGAAGCUUGGUGCUGUUACUUGUUGUCUUAUUUUUCAUAUCCCCUUGGUUAUGUAGUCAUGUCAAAGAUGUUUCACUGGGUAAUAGUAGUUGACUCUCAAAAUCUUGCAGACACCCAAAGCUACAGUUGAAGUUAAGGACCUGCGAUUGGGUAUAUCCAAAGAUGGUGGUUCUAGUCCUAAUCUGUUCAUUAAGCUACACAUAUUACCUAUUUUCGUCCACAUGGGUGAACCACGAUCGAGUUGUGACCAACCAGCGAACUCUAACAAUAGAGAGUCUACUUCGGGCGAAUUGUCAUUUGGUUCAAUGGAGAGGUCUUCGGCUCCUUUUAGCUGUGAUGAGUUUUUCCUCUCAGUGGAAUUUGGUCAUGAUAGGUAAUUGCUGUUUCAUUUGUUAUGCUCUCUGUUUUCCUUUCUUAAUCUUCCGUUUAGGAGAUAGGCCUGCUAAGUGAUACUGUGUUGAGGAAGGCUUAAAAUAAAUUAGUUGCUGUUAUUACUUGCAUCUAAGUCUUUCUCACCAAGAGCUUUUAGAUAUUUGCAUUCCAUACAUAAGUUUUAAAGGGUUUCCUAAGCUCCAUGCAAGAGGAAUAAUGAUGAAGUGGUUUAUGAGUUCAAUGUGUUUACCCAAUUCUAGUUUUCACUGAGUACUACAUGGUUCUUGUUUGGGGUCGGAUCUUUGGGUGCAUUUGAGUUGGUGGAAUUUUUUUUUUUUAUACAUGGAAAAAGCUGGGGGAGUAGUAAUUUAACAGAAGCAUCACAAGCCAAUAUGUAGGCAGUAAGCAUUUUUCCAUAAUUGACACGUGGAAAAACAAUGCAAUUGUGCAGCUACCUGCAAUUAAGAAGUCAUAUGAUCAUCUUUCCUUUUUGAAUGAAAAACAUAUAAUGAACCCGAUUACUGGACCAUUGGACUGCUUAAUUGUUCUUAAUGUAUCUUUUCUCUGUUGCUUAUGGGAUCUCACAUUUUUGUAUCCUGACACUUUUGAGAUCUUAUUACGUGCUCGGGUUUUUUAUUGAUUAAAAUUUUCUGACUACCUGUUUGCGUAUGUAGGGAGAAGGGUAUAGUUAUCCAAAAUGUGGACAUUCGUAGUGGAGAGGUUAGCGUGAACCUGAAUGAGGAGCUGCUCUCAAAAAAGAAGAGUUCUUCAAGUUCAAAUGCGGCCAAAGAUAAAGGUCCAGUCCCUGACUCUGUAGUGACUAAAGAUCCGGAGAAAAAGAAUUCUGCAGUUGUGGCAGUGUCUAAGUACACUUCCAUGAUUCCAGAUAAGGUCAGUGGUUAAUGCAAUUAUGACAAUGCCUUGUUUACAGUUCACCAUUCCAUAAGAGUGGUCUAGCUUUUUCUAAUUCUUGCAUUCGUUACUUAACAGCUCUCCAUUUCGAAGGAAACUUCUUGAUGGAAUUCCUUCUGUUUUACUUUCUUGGCCUUCGUGUGGAUGUGCAUAAGAAUGAUACCUAAAGUUUAUGUAUGAGCCUUGGAGAUAGAUUUCUGCAUCUGUUAUGUGCUAGAAGGUCGAUGCUUUUCCUAGCAUGAAUCUUGUUGCUAAAAAAUUUAACUAUCACCUGUGCAUAUGUCUCUGCUUGAUAGAUAUGCUUCACGCUGCCGAAACUGGAUGUAAGGUUUCUGCAUCAAGAGCAUAAUCUUCUUCUGAAGAAUAACAUAAUGGGCUUCAAAUUCAAAUGCUUGAAAUCACCAUCUACUGAGGACGUUGAGAGCACGCGCCUUGAUAUUCAGAUGGAUUUCUCUGAGAUGCAUGUACGUAACGAAGUAGUGAGGCUUUUUGUUACUACUACUUCUUGCUUCUUUCAUUGUGGUUUUUCUCAUUCUGGUGAUAGUUUCUCAUGUUUGUUUUCAGCUGCUGAGGGAGGCUGGGUGUUCUGUAGUGGAAAUACUGAAAGUUGAUCUGGUUACAUUUAUUUAUGUGCCAAAAGAGGUAAGGUCAUCUGAAGUGUGGCAUAUUAUUUUCUCGAUGUUGGCUACCCCGAUGCUGUUUAAUACUAUCUGUUGCUCGUGUUUUUGUUAUUCCUGUGUCAAUAGUGUGGGUUCUCUGUGAUGUUGUUUAGUUCACCUUCUGAUAUUCAGAUAUGGCACAUAUCUCGGAUGCAGCUAACUCCUCAAUGAUGUGGUUGACAACUUAGAACAUGUAUUUUAAUCGUUUGUGCGCCUGUUGCAAAUCCUCGUCUUUUGAGUUUUGUGUACAUAUAAUAUUCUAAUUUUAGACAUGGGUGCUUGACAUCUCCCCAGUUAGAAUGAAUUCGUCGAUUUUGAUAGGGAAAAGUGGGCAAUGUUUAUCUUGCUUAAGAUGUACACCUGCACUAUAUUUUCUUUGUCAAAAUUACAUUAAACAUAUCUUAACAAUUUAUUGAAGAUAUUGUCAUUUGCAAAAUACUCAAUCUCCACACUCUCCUAUAUGGUGAAGGUAACAUUUUCCCAUAAUGUGUAUCCCACGUAUGACAAUUUUUAUAUUGAUCACACACCCACGAAUUUGUCCACGUAAACAUUCAUAAUUACUUUUAAUAUAUUGUUAUAACUGCGAUAUUAUGCUUGACGCUGGAUGGUUCUAUUUGUGGUUCUUUCCAUAUACAUAUGUGGUUUCCAAGCUUAUGGUCCUAUGGCUCUGUGCUUAUUGUUCCAGUCUCAUAAUUCUGCUAAUUCUCAUCACUCAUUAUUUUUUAAGUAAUCAUCUUCUUUUUCUGGAUGUUUUAUCUACUUGGUCUAUUUAUUAUGCAUUUCUAUUUUACAGUUCGAGUUUCCAAGCAUUUCAUACUUCUCCUGUUUUGCUUCUAAAUUUGCAGCCCAACUCUCCAAUUCGAGCCGAAAUUGAUGUUAAGCUGGGAGGUACUCAAUGCAACAUCAUAGCAAGCAGGUUAAAACCAUGGUUACAUCUCCAAAACUCAAAAAAGAAAAAGUUGGUGCUUCGAGAAGAGGUGCCUUCUCCUCCAAAGCCACAAUCAACUGAAUCCAAAGCAAUUAUGUGGACUUGCACAGUUUCAGCCCCUGAGAUGACUCUUCUUCUUUACAGUGUCAAUGAUUUACCUCUGUAUCAUGUAAGUCCUAUGCUUCUUAUGUCAACAUAAUCUAUCUUUACUUAUGGGUUUAUAAUGGUCGAGCAGUUACUGCUGUGCUUAUUCCUUUGCUACUUGAUCCAUGUGUUCUUGCAUUAUUUUCAUAAUGAAAAAAAGGUUUCUCCUUUUAGCACUUUAUGUGCACAUCAACCUGCCUGGAGCUAAGAUUGUACUAGCAUAUAAUUCUUGCAUCCAAUUCCUUCAUAUAAACUGUUGUAUUGAAGGUCUGGAUGGUAUUAGCUAAUGUUUUCUUUCUGUCUAGGGAUGUGCACAAUCAUCACAUGUUUUUGCAAAUAACAUAUCGGACAUGGGAACUACCGUGCACAUGGAACUCGGCGAACUCAAUUUGCACAUGGCAGAUGAAUAUCAAGAAUGCUUGAAAGAGAGCCCAUUUAUUGUGGAAUCAAAUUCAGGUGCAUUAUUGCAUGUACCAAAGGUCAUUCUGGACUGGGGCAAAAAGGAGACUGAACCGUCCGAAGAAGAUGGCAGUAAAUGUAAAUUAGUUCUUUCUAUUGAUGUCACUGGUAUGGGCAUUCAUUUGAACUUCAAGCGCUUAGAAUCACUUGUUGUUACUGCUGUCUCCUUUCAAGCUCUUGCCAAAAGUCUCUCUCCUGGUAAAAGAACAACACAGAGUCGAGGUGGAAGGCCAUCUAAGUCCUCCGGAAAAGGGGCUCAAAUUCUCAAAUUCAAUCUUGAAAGGUGUUCUGUGAAUAUAUCUGGUAAUUCAGGCUUGGAAAACACAGUUGUCGCUGAUCCCAAGCGUGUCAAUUAUGGAUCACAAGGCGGGAAAUUAAUAAUUACCAACUCUGCCGAUGGCACACCACGGACAGCGGAGGUGAUAUCCACAGUUUAUGGUGACCACAAGAAGGUGGAUUACUCUGUCUCCCUUGACAUCAUCCAUUUCAGUGUCUGUGUGAAUAAGGGAAAGCAAUCUACCGAGGUGGAAAUUGAAAGGGCAAGAUCAACAUAUGAGGAACAGUUGGAGGAGCACAAGAUUGAUUCAAAAGUUACAUUGUUUGAUAUACAGAAAGCUAAAUAUGUGAGACGAGCUGGUGGUCUUAAA